CGUUGUGUGAGUUCGCAGUUAGUGUCACGCGGCAAGAUCCGAUAUCUCCAAACAAUGCCUACGCUACAGGACAUAGUAACUGCAAUGGCAUCUGGUCAUGGAGGGUCUGCUGCUCUGGAAUACAAUAAAGGACCACACUCUACAGGAGAGGGGGACCGGUACGAGGAGCGCCUGCUGGCCCUGGUCUUCCUCCGCUGCGUGCGGUAUGGGCUACACUUUCAGUUGUGUGCCAACAAUGGCGAUGCUGGGAAGUUCGAUGACGUGGUGUUGGUAUGGCGACCUGAGGGACAAAAUGAGGUGAACACCCUGCUCGUCCAGCUCAAGCACAAGACCUCCUCGACGGCCAUGACCGUACACAGUGGCGCGUGGCUGUCAAAGGCCACGAAAUGCGACUUCGGGCUCAGGAUGUACUGCACCUCUUACAGAGAAAUUAGCCAGACACUGGAUACGAACAGAGCCACAUUCGCCCUGUUGACGAACGCCUGUCUGGGCGACAGUAGCCUCGACAUACUUGAGCGCCAGUAUGAGGGCACCUUCCCAGGUCUGGAGCUGCUAGAGACUGGUGGCCACCUGUACAAGCUCAAACCGAACAGCGAACAGGUUUGGAAGGCAGUCCAUGAGGACAUCAGCUUUGUGGAGAAUUUCUACCUGCUGUGCCAGCAGAGCAGUUCUAAUAACAUUGUAGGCGACAUUUGCAGGGAGCUGGAAGAAUUGCUGGGCGCCGGUGACCUAUGCGAAACCUUGUGUGACAGCUUGUGCAAGAGCAUCAGGGACUGGAUGAACAACCAGAGCGCGUGUUUGACGAGUGCUUGGAGCACAUGGCAGGCACUCGUGGACGAAUACCGUGGUUGA